CACAGGAGGUGAAGUAAGUCUGCAGGUGUCUAUCUUUCUCUCCCCCUCUCUGUCUUCCCCUCCUCUCUCCAUUUCUCUCUGUCCUAUCCAACAACUAUGACAUCAAUAACUACAACAACAAUAAAAAGGGCAAAUAAAGGGAAUAAAUUAAAAAAAAAAAAAGAAACUUGAGAGCACAUGUAAAUUCAACAUUAUUCACUGAAAAUUGUUUCCAAACAAAAAUCUCCUUUAAUACAAAUUAUCUAUUGCCAGGUUAGCGUGAAGGCUUAUAGGGUGUAUAUGUUUUGGCUGCUACUAGUCACCCUGACUUGAUUGACCCUGCCCUGCAUAGGCCUGGCCGGCUAGAUAAAUGUGUAUACUGUCCUCCUCCUGAUCAGAUAUCAUGUCUUGAAAUUCUAAAAGUUCUCAGUGACUCUCUGCCUCUGGAAGAUGAUAUUGAUCUUCAGCAUGUGGCAUCAAUAACUGACUCCUUUACAGGAAUUGAUAUGAAAGCUUUACUUUACAAUGCCCAGUUGGAGGCUUUACAUGGAAGACGGCUGUCUUAUGGAUUCCCAGAUGGAGGUUUCAUCUCUGAUAGUGAUUUAAGUCUGUCCUCAAUGGUCUUUCUAAAUCACAGUAGUGGUUCUGAUGACUCAGCUGGAGAUGGAGAAUGUGGCUUAGAGCAGUCCCUUGUUUCUCUGGAGAUGUCUGAGCUGCUCCCAAAUGGAUCAAGAUUUAAUAUGUACCGACUCUACUUUGGAAGCUCCUACGAAUCAGAACUUGGAAAUGGAACUUCCUCUGAUAUGAGUUCUCAGUGCCUGUCUGCACAGAGCUCCAUGACUCCAGAUUUACCUGUAGUUCCUGGGAAAAAACAGUUGUUUCCACAACCUCCAUUGUGCAGAACUGCAUCACAAGAUGGUUACCAAGAACUUACACAAGAACAGAGAGAUCAACUGAGGGCACAUAUCAAUAUUAUCAAAAACAGAUACCGGAGCCAAAGUGGAGAGGAUGACUCCCUUAACCAACCAGGACCAAUCAAACCCAGUUUGGCUAUUAGUCAGUCUCAUUUCAUGACUGCACUCAGUCAUACAAGACCAUCCAUUAGUGAAGAUGACUGGAAGAAUUUUGCUGAGUUGUAUGAAAACUUUCAAAAUCCAAAGAAGAGAAAAAAAAAAUCAAACUGGAACAAUGUUUCAACCUCGAGAAGGGCUGGCGUGCGUAGCGGGAUGCGGCCAUUUUGCUAUCUCCACGUGACCUAAAC